AUUUAUUUACAUCCCGAGCGCUGCCCAGAUUUCUUCAAUUCUCCUCAAAAACACACUGAAAAUGGUGCUUAUCCUUAUAAUUACUAGUGUCUCCUUUAUUCUGGCCUUUGCCCACAUUCUGACCAGACCACUAGUCAACUGUCUCAACACAGACACGAAGAUGGAAGCUGAGCUGAAGGCCACAAUCGUCGACCACCGGCGGGAAUUGCGGGGAAUCUCGAUGAGGGAUGAGUACCCGAGGUACGUGCGCAUUGAGCGGAAGAUCGUGGUGGCAGAGAAGAAGCUCAACGAGCUGGCAGUUCUCAACAGCACCUCGAAGAUGGUGAUAAAGUACGGUGUUCCAUAUGGCACAAAGGCUUUCCUGUACAUCCUCCUCAUCGGCAUCUCUAUCUACCACCGGAAGACUCCUGUGGUGGUGUUCGACGACAGAUUCGACUUCAUGCCUCUCGGGACGAUAAUGAGUGCACCAACCGGCAUUCCCGGAGCCAUUUCAGCCCCCUUCUGGAGCCUCGUGAGCAGCUUCGUGUGGCGGACUGUCGCGGGUCUGGUCAAGAACACUUGAAGCUAAUAAACUCUGUGCUGGAAGUCGACUGUGUGCUCUAUCCAUCUGGCCACGGUGAGCAGGAGACUCUCUGACAAUCUGGGGCCGAUGAGCUGGAGCGACA